GCAUCCGCCAAUGACUGCAGCUAUAGAUCACCGAGACAGCGACGCGCCAUGGAUGUCUGUUGUAGACAGCGUCGGGCGGGGGAGGAGAGGUGGAGACGAGACUGCGUUGAGCAGAGCAUCCGAGAUAACAGAUCAUAAAAACACAGCAAGCAGCAUGCCGUUUGGGAUGGUAACGCGUUCCACUGUCAGAUAUAAGCACUGAACAAAUCUCCAAAGCGGAGGGCAAUGAUGACAUCACGUAAUCAGACUGACACAGUGUGAUCCAUCAUUCCUGGCCUGACAUUGACAUGGCAACAGGCAGGAAGGGGUCGACCUCGAAGGGAGGAAGCGUGCGUUUCCCUGACGACGAGGAUGCCAUGGGCUCCCCUGUUCACCGUGAGGACAAAGCCAAGGACUCGGCCAUCCCUGCUCUCCCAGAGCCUGAUGGGAACUUCCUGGUUAAGGUAGGGUUCCUGAGGAGUCUGCACCGUUAUGAGAUCGUCUUCACCCUCCCAGAGGUCCCUGUUCUGGGGAAAGACGUGUGCUCCCUCCCCUCCUCCUCAUCACCGACGCCCAGACCCCUCCUCAAAGUCAACCGUGUCACACCCACACCAGAGGUCCAUCUGCCAUCUCCUGCUAUCCCACCCCCUCCCUUCCUACUUCACUCUCUCUCUCCAGGUGGGGUGAAGGUGACGUGUGAGUACACCACCCACCAGGAGGGGGUGUUGCAGGAGGAGCUGACGCUGGUCAGCCGGGGGAAGAGGGACCAACGUCUGCAGGUCAGAAUACAGGCCCGGGUCAUGGAUCGCCACCAUGGUACUCCCAUGCUGCUGGAGGGGGUGCGGUGUCUGGGGGCGGAGAAAGAAAAAAGGAAAUGAGCCGUCCGUCCCUUUAUAUCUACCCUCCUGUAGAGACCAGCCAUCGUCCGACCCUUUAUAUCUUCCCCUCCUGUAGAGACCAGCCAUCAUCCGUCCCUUUAUAUCUUACCCUCCUGUAGAGACCAACCAUCGUCUGUCCCUUUAUAUAUUCACCCUCCUGUGGAGACCAGCCAUUGUCCGUCCCUUUAUAUCUUCCCUCCUGUAGAGACCAGCCAUCGUCCAUCUCUUUAUAUCUUCACCCUCCUGUAGAGACCAACCAUCGUCUGUCCCUUUAUAUUUCCCUCCUGUAGAGACCAGCCAUCGUCAGUCCCUUUAUAUCUUUCCCCUCCUGUAGAGACCAGCCAUCAUCCGUCCCUUUAUAUCUUCCCUCCUGUAGAGACCAGCCAUCGUCAGUCCCUUUAUAUCCUCUCCUCCUGUAGAGACCAGCCAUCGUCCGUCCCUUUAGGUCUUCCCCCCUGUAGAGACCAGCCAUCGUCAGUCCCUUUAUAUUUUCACCCUCCUGUAGAGACCAGCCAUCGUCCGUCCCUUUAUAUCUUCCCCCCUGUAGAGACCAGCCAUCGUCAGUCCCUUUAUAUCUUCACCCUCCUGUAGAGACCAGCCAUCGUCCGUCCCUUUAUAUCUUCCCCCCUGUAGAGACCAGCCAUCGUCCGUCCCUUUAUAUCUUCCCCCCUGUAGAGACCAGCCAUCGUCCGUCUAUUUAUAUCUACCCUCCUGUAGAGACCAGCCAUCGUCCGUCCCUUUAUAUCUUCCCUCCUGUAGAGACCAGCCGUCAUCCGUCCCUUUUUAUCCUCUCCUCCUGUAGAGACCAGCCAUCGUCCGUCUAUUUAUAUCUACCCUCCUGUAGAGACCAGCCGUCAUCCGUCCCUUUUUAUCCUCUCCUCCUGUAGAGACCAGCCAUCGUCCGUCUAUUUAUAUCUACCCUCCUGUAGAGACCAGCCGUCGUCCGUCCCUUUAGAUCAGGGUUCUUCAAUUCCGGUUCUGGAGGGCCUAAACACUUCUGUUUUUUAUUUCUACCUGGUAGUUAAUUA